AUGUAUAAAAUAAAAAAUAACGAAAGUGAUAUUAAUUCCGAUGAUUGUAAUGAAACAGCCCAGGAAUGCAUAUAUGGAUUCAGCUCUCCAAAAAAGAGUAGAAAAGAAUCAUCUAUUUUUGUACAAAAUAAUUAUGACACUUGUAGUAGUAACAAUAUUUAUGAAAAGAAAACAUGCAGUAAUACUAGCGCAAGCAGUGAGAAAAAAUAUAACAAAAAAGAACAGAGCUUAUGUUCUGAUAUAAAUAAUUCCAAUAAAGUGAAUAUCGAAGGAUUAAAAAUAAAUGAAAAAAAUUAUGAUAGGAUAAAUAAUUCUGAAGAAGAAACAAACAUCAACGAUGAUAAUGAUGAUAAUGAUGAUAAUGAUGAUAAUGAUGAUAAUGAUGAUAAUGAUGUUGAUGACCAUAAUGAUGAUAAUGAUAAUAAUGACCGUAAUGACGAUAAUUAUGAUGAUGAUGAUGAUGAUGAAGAUGUUGAUGAUUUUGAAGAUAUAAAAGAAAAUGAUGAAUAUAAAGAUCCUACUUAUUCAGAUAUCUAUAAAGAAGCAAAAAAAUGUAACAUACGUUGUGAGAAUAAUAUGAAUAGUUCGGUUAAUAAGAAUAAUUUAGAAGAAAUGAAUGAAUGUGAACAGACGAAUAGUUCAGAUAAUAGUAUAAUAUCAUCAUCAUCAGAAGAAGAAGAAGAAAGUUGUUCUGAUGAAACAGAUAAUGAUGAUAAUUUAUAUGAUGAGGAGUUGAAUGAAAUAAUAGAUGAAGGAUAUUUUAAAGAAUUAAUGCCAGCAAUACCACAUGAUAUAUUACAAUCAUAUAUAUCUUGUUUAAAAAUAUGUGGUUUUGAAAGACAAGUACAAUUACAUAGGUUAAUAAAUUUAUUAGGUGAUUUAAGAGAUCCAAUAUCAGUAAUACAAAUUUUAGGUUUACCUGGUAUGGGAAAAACAAAAGUAGUAAAAAAUUUUAUAAAAUUAACAAAUGUUCCUUAUGCUUAUGUAAAUUGUUUAAUGGCAGUUUAUCAAUCUGGAAGAUCAGCUAAAAAUGUUAUAUAUCAUACAAUUUUAAAAGAUUUAAGUAUGAAUCUUUUACAUGAAUUUAAUGAGUAUAAAAGAAUAAAUAAUAUAACAAAUUAUUCUUAUGAUCCAACAAAAUUAGUUCCUAAUCAUGUUUCAAAUACUGAUAAUUUUUUUAGUAUAUUACAUAAACUUCUUUCUUUUAAGCCAGAAGAUAUUGAAAAUAAUACAACUACAGCAAAUACUAGGAGUGCCUCUAAUAGUAAAAAAAAAGAAACAAAGGGAAAAAAUGAUAUCACAAAUACACAUACAAAUACUAAUCAAAAUACAAAUAAAAAUGGAAAAGUAGAAUGCAACAAUAAUAAUGAUGAUAAUAAUAAUAAUUGUAAUAAUGUUAGAUUUAAUUCAAAUAAAAAUUAUUAUAAAGACAAAUUAUAUGAUAGAUCAGUUGUAUUUAUUUUAGAUAAUAUAAGAUAUUUAGUUAGAACACAUCCUGAUUUAUUUUACGCUUUAACAAGAAUACAUGAAUAUAUUAAAGGUCCAUAUAAUGAUGUAACAAAAGCAAAUAAAACCACAAGAGGAUUAUGCAUAAUAUUAAUUAAUAGAUCUCCAUUACCUGAUGAAAUAUUUGAUGGACUACCUCAACCACCAACAGUUUGGUUUGAUUCCUAUACAUCUGAAAUGUGUAAAAAUAUAUUAUAUCGAUUAUAUAAUUCUAUGUGUUUUGAAUCUCUUUUAACAUAUAAUGAUAAGGAUUUAAAGAUUUAUUUUGUAAAAGAUAAUAAAAAUGAAUUUCUUAUUAAAAGAAAUGAUGUCAUUUUAGAAAAUGAUGUAAUAUAUGAUAUAUGGUGUAGAUAUGUAGAUUAUAUUAUUAAUGUAUCAUAUAAAGAUUAUAAAAGUGAUUUUCAUGAAUUAUUAUUUAUAUGUUCACAUAUGUGGCCAUUAUUUAUUAAACCAAUAUUAGAUGGAGUAUUAGAACCAAUUGUAGAAAAUAUGAAUGCUUUACAAAGAAAUAUAGAUACACAUAUUCGUGUAGCUACAUAUAACCAUUCUAGUCAUUUCACUUUUGAAUUAAUUGAUUCUGUUUUUUUAAAUGAAAAUAAUUUAAAAAAUAAAAUUGAUCUAUCUUUUUAUUCUAAAAUUUUAUUAGUAGGAGCUUAUCUAGCUUCAAGAAAUUUACCUUUAACAGAUAAAAGAUUUUUCAAUGCAACAGUAAAAGGAGGUGCAUUUACAUUACCAAAAAAAAGAAAAGGAAAAAAUAAAAAUGAAUCUAUUUUAACAUUAAUAAGUAAAUCCAUACCUAAAAAUUUUACAUUUAUUAGAUGGUUAUGUUUAACUGAUUGUUUAUUAGUUUGUUUCUUUGAUGAACAAUUAGUAUUAAAUAGUUUAAUAUGUCAACAAAUUAAUACAUUAAUACAAUUAGGUUUUAUUUCUUUUUCUUCACCUAAUAAUUUAUCAUGUUUAGUAAGAAAUAGCUUAAUGAAUGGAGUACAAUGGAGUGGUUAUUGUGGUAGCGCUCUUCUAAAUACAACUACCAAUUUUUCAUCAUUAACUAAUAAUAUAUUUUGUGAAACCAAUAAUUCCAUGACCUAUGAAUCUUUAGAUCCAUACACAAAGUUGGUUAUUCAAGUACCAGAAGAAACUAUAAGGAACAUAUCAAAGGAGAUGAAAAUACCCCUAGAUGAAUUAAUAAUAUAA